AUGGCAUUUAAAAUCGAACCUUAAGAAACAAUUAAAUAAAAUGAAGAUUUAAAAAAAAAGCAAGAAGAAGAAGAAUAAAAAUAAAAAAAAAUUGAACUUGAACAAGAAAUUUUAUAAAAAUAAUUAUAAGAAAAAAAGAAAAAAGAAGAAGAAGAGCAAAAAUAAAAAGAAGAAAAAUUAGAAUAAGAGAGAAUCCGCCAAGAAAUUGAAGAAUAGUAAAAAAAAAAAAAACAAGAAGAAGAAGAAAAAAAGAAAAAAAUAGAAGAAAAACAAAUAAAAACAUUAACUUUUGACUUAAUAUAGUACUUUUUAACAAUUGAACCUCAAUUUGAGCUCUAAAACAAUCCCGCACAUAUUUUUGAUACAAGAAUAAUCUAAUUUAACUCCCGAACUUAUACCGACAAAAUUUAAAAUAAACCUCAAAACUACCCAAACCGUUCCAGUCAACCCCGAACCUCUUAUAACCCUAACUAUAAUAAAAAUAACGGAAAUUAAUAGCAUAUUAGAUAAGAGGGUAAAAGCAAUACUUUUGUUUAAUAGAAUCAUGAUAUAAUCAUAGAAAGAACUAAGGAAGAUAAGGAUGUGGUAGAAAUAAAAAUGAAAAUUAAAUAGAAUGCUGCUAAAUUUUUAGACCAUAUGAGAUAGGAAAAAUUAGAUUAGAAUAAAAAAUAAAUCAAUGAUAUUAGGCUUUGGUUAAACAUUCUGACACCUUCUAAUUUCGAAGAUCUUAAAAAAUCACUUUUUAAUUAUAUUAAAGAAGAGGUACUUUGUGAGUGCAUUGUAGAAGGUAUUAUUGAAAAGGCGAGAACUUAGAAACUUUAUACUGGAGUUUAUGCUAAUUUAUGUAAGUAUUUGAUUCUUGAGUCGAAGUUUGUUUUUAAGAAAGAUGAAAAUUAACAUAAUUAUUUUAAAAAUCAUCUUAUUACGAAUAUUUAGUAAACUUUUUAAGGGGAAAAAAGUAUUUUUGAAGGAAAAAUGACUAUUAAAAAAUAAAAAAAACUUGAAGAAAUGAAUGAAGAUGAGAAAAAACAAUAUUUUGAUGAAAAAAAAAAAAGGGAAAUGCUUAAUUUAAGAUUUAUUGGCUGUUUGUAUUUAAAUGCUUGUAUUAAUCAUUAAGUUAUGUAGAUUUGUAUUGGUGAACUUAUUAAUAGAUAUGUAAAAGAAUAUUGUGAAUUAAGCGAAUAAUAAAUUAAAAACGAAGAAGUCGAAGAAUCUCAUUUUGAAGAUCAUUUAGAAGGAUUAAUCUUAUUAUUAGAUUAGACAGGUGAAAGAUAAUGUGAAAGAAUUAAAACAAUUAAAGAAACAAGUAAAUAAUAAUAAUAAAGAUAAUAAGAAUUAAAUGAAAUUAACCUAAAUUUAAUAAAUUGUCUAUAAAAAAGAGAAUAUUAAGAACUAAAUUUUGAAAAAUUAGAAUAUAAUGAAUAUUUUUAAUUUUUAUAAUGGUUAAUAUAAAAUAAAAAAGUAUCUCCAAGAAUAGAUUCUUUAACCAAAAAUUUAAUGGAAAGAAAAGAAAAUAACUGGAAAGAAAGAAUAAGUGAUUAAGCUAAUAAAGGUCCCCAAGAUCAAGAUACUAUAAGAAAAGAAUUCGACGAAGAAAGAAUGAAAACUAAAUUAGAAACUGAAGAAUAUUUCAAAUAACAACAGGAAUAUUAAUAAAAUAAUUAAAGAUAUAAUUAAAGAAAUAAUCAAUAAACUAUUUAUGUACAAAAGUAACCAAGUACAAGUGGGAAAUAAAGAGUUUAAACUUAAUAAGAAGAAUUUAAAGAAGUUACAAAUGCUUAAUAGAAGAAUCUAUCAGAGGAAGAUGGAAGAAAUAUCGCAAAGGAAAUUUGGGGACAUUUGGAUAGCUAGAAAAAGUUUUAAGAAGACUAUGGUAUAUAAAGUGCAAUUAAUGAUUUUAAAGAAUUAACUAGUUUAUUUGACCCAGUACUUUAUGGAUAAAUUCUUAUCAAAACUGUGUAUAAUUGUAGUGUUUAGUUUAAGGAAAAUAGACUUUCUGUGGCAAAUGAAGCCAUUAAAUUUAUUAAACCAAAUGAAUUUGUGUAGGCUAUGAAUGAAAGGCUUAAUAAAAGUAAAAAUGAGAGUGCUGAUUUCCCACUUUUCCUUACAUUUUUAUCUAAAAUAUUUGUUGAGUUUUAUACUAAGGGAAAUGCGAGCUUUAAAGACAUUUAAGUUAAGUUUAAAGAUGACUUUGAUGAAGAUGAUAAGGAAGACCUUGUUUUUGUCUUUAAAGAAUUCUUUAAAGAAUGUACUGAAUUGAUUAAAGAUUAAGAAGGGUUUGAUGCUGAGAAAUUAUUAAAUGAAUAAAUCAAAUUUGUUUUGGAAGGUAAGGAUGAAUAUUAUAGUCUGUUUGAAAAAGAUUAUUUAAAAUAGUUUAAAAAAAUAUGA